AUGGAGGACGACAUUUCGGCAGCAAGAGAUCACCGCCAGUUUCUUCAAGAACUAGAUGACGAAGGGGAGCUUCUGACCAUCACCAAAGAAGUUGAUUCGGAUGUAGAGUUGGUAGCUAUUGUGCGAAGGGUAUAUGAACUAGAAGAGCGAGCUCUACUGUUCAACAACCUGAAGGGUUGUGAGAUGCUGGAUUAUUUCUUGUCAUUGGGGCCCCGAAUCAACGAAGCGAAGACGAAAGACCCGACAUCAUGUCAAAAACUUCUGACAGGCUCUGUCAAGGAACACAUUAUUCGCGGAGAUGACAUUGAUUUGACGGCACUUCCCAUACCGUUUCUGCACGAGGAUGACGGUGGGAAAGUUCCUGUAAACAGAGAACCGGCUGGUCCGGUGAUUCCCAAACAGGACAUCGGGGUAAUCUUUGAUCUGUGGAAGGAGAAAGUCGAAGACAUGCCCUGGGCUUUAUGUUUUGGGGUGCCCUCCGCCUCCGCGGCCAGAAUGGUCUGCGGCAUGCCCAUUCCGAAAUGGACGAACGAGCCCGAGUUUAUCAGUACCUUGACCAAUGCCCCUGUAAAUGUCAAAUGUGAGACGAAUGAUCUCUGGGUCCCCACCAACGCAGAAAUUGUCUUCGAAGGCAUCAUUUCGAUUCAAGAAACUGCCCCGGAGGGCAUACGGCCGAAUAUCACGGAUUGUUCUUCCUCCGGGCGGCAGCGUGAAUGGCGCAUCUUCAAGGUCAACGUAAUUACCUACUGA